CUCGAACCUCAAUCACUCAAUCGCCGUCCGUAGCAGUCGGCUCUCCUCAAGCCUCAAUUUCGCUGUCGCUCUUUGGCAUUUCGCUGUUUCAGUCAGUCGCAGAGGUGCUGUCGGAGUAGGGACGUAUGUUGUGAUUGAUUUACCGGAAGUGUCUUGUGCGGUGUGUGUGGCCUCCUCCGAUCGUGUUGCUUUCCUGUCACAAUCGCGAAAACAUGGCCGAAGCCACAGGUGCUGCGGUGGUUACGCCAACGAAUCCGAAUGCCGAAGUCGUUCGUGGACAGGUCUUCGAAGUGGGGCCCCGGUACACGAAUCUCGCCUACAUUGGUGAAGGCGCUUACGGAAUGGUCGUAUCGGCUUACGACACGAGACUGAGUAACGAUCAUAUAUGUUACUUCCUCUACCAGAUCCUCCGAGGAUUGAAAUAUAUCCACUCGGCGAACGUACUUCACAGAGACUUGAAACCUAGCAAUUUACUACUCAAUACUACAUGCGACCUGAAAGCUUUCCCAAAUAACGCUUCUUGGCACGCUAUCGAAUGCUUUUUCGAGAUCUAA